AUGCGCACACUGGCUGCGCCGUCAGCCUCCGGCUUUCCUCCUCUUUUCAUGCCUGUUUUCCCGUGCGGGCUUCAGUCCUCUGUGCACCUUCAACGCUGCAGGUUUCGCUCCGCACCGCACGACCAGCUGAAGAAAUGGCCACAAAGGUUGCCGUGGUAACGGGCAGCAAUAAGGGCAUUGGUCUGGCCAUCGUCCGAGCCCUUUGCAAGCAGUUCCAAGGAGACGUUUACGUCACCGCCAGAGACGUCGGUCGAGGUCAGGAGGCCGUGAAGUCUCUGGAAUCAGAGGGACUGAAGCCCAUGUUUCACCAGCUGGACAUCAACGACCUGAACAGCAUCAUCACCGCUGCUGCUUACUUUAAGGAGAAGUAUGGAGGAGUGGACGUCCUCGUCAAUAAUGCUGGGAUAGCAUUCGAUGCGGCAGACACAACUCCCUUUGCAGUCCAGGUAGAGGUGACCCUCAAGACAAACUUCUUCUCCACCAGAGACAUGUUGACCCACUUCCUGCCAAUCAUCAAAGCUGGAGGCCGCGUGGUGAACGUCUCGAGCCUGCUCAGCUCCCGCGCUUUGAACCAGUGCAGCGCGGCCCUGCAGCAGCGUUUCCGCAGCGAGGACAUCACGGAGGACGAGCUGGUGGGGCUGAUGCAGCGAUUUGUUGACAAGGCCAAGAAGGGCGAGCACAAGCAGGACGGCUGGCCGGAGACAUCGUAUGGAGUCUCCAAGACUGGACUGACGACGCUGUCCAUGAUCCUGGCUCGUCGUCUGUCCAAGGGGAGACCAAAUGACGGGAUCCUGCUGAACGCCUGCUGUCCAGGCUGGGUGCGCACUGACAUGACCAGUCCGAAAGCCCCCAAGUCACCAGAUGAGGGCGCUAUCACUCCGGUCUACCUGGCACUGCUGCCGCCCGGAGCCACAGAGCCACACGGGAAGUUGGUCUCCGACAAAGAAGUUCAGGCGUGGUGAAAGAGUGAACGCGACCUGCGUGUGUGAGACAGACACAAUAAAAGAGUGAAUUACCAAAA